AAACGCAGGGCAGCGCGACGUUACCUCAUUGUUCAGCAUGAUUCGGUUUCUUGCGUUGUUCGCCGUUGUGGCCUUGGCUUCGGCUAGGGUUUCAUAUGAAGGUUUCCAGGUAUGGCGCCUAGAAGUUAGUGAGGAGCAGAAGCCUGCCUUCAACGCCAUCUUGGAGAAGCACAACAUGGACGUGUGGGGACGAGGCAAGGAUUGGAUUGACGUCCUCGUGGACCCCAAACUUCGUCACGGAGUCAUGACGAGCCUGGCGGCUAAAGCCAUCCAUAGUUCCAUCAUGAUCCAAGACGUACAGCCGCUUAUCGAACGAGACUUCGCGAGAUUGGCGAAGAAAAAUAAGGACUUGAAGAUUGCCUUCGAUGAUUACAACACUUGGGAAGAGAUCGAGGCGUACUUGGCCGGCCUGCCCGCAAGCGACGACCGCACGAGCCUCGUGUCGCUCGGCAAGACCGUCGAAGGCCGCGAUCUUUGGCAACUGAAAAUCUCGGUGGGCGCUGGCAAGAAGGCCGUCUGGAUCGACUGCGGCAUCCACGCAAGAGAAUGGAUCGGGCCGGCAACGUGCUUGUGGGGCAUCGACUUCUUACUGAACAAUUAUGGGUCUGACGCGGGCGCAACUGCCCUCCUGGACGCCUACGACCUCUACGUCCUGCCCGUCAACAAUCCCGAUGGCUACGCCUACACCUGGAGUGAUGACAGACUGUGGAGGAAGAACCGAGCUUCUUAUCCCGACAACGUGUGUGUGGGAGUCGAUCUGAACAGGAACUUCGAAGACCAUUUCGGCGGUGCUGGAACAUCCGACGACUCAUGCUCCGAAACUUACAGAGGCCCAUCAGCUGCAUCUGAGCCCGAGACCCAACACGUUCAGGCUGCCAUCACAGCCUUAGCCUCUGAAGCCGCGGCGCUCUUCAGCAUCCACUCCUACAGUCAGCUGUGGAUGUACCCAUACGGAUACACCUCGGACCUUCCACCUGAUGCUGCAGAAUUGGACCGCAUUUCUGCUAUCGGCGUUGAAGCUUUGACCGCAGUGCACGGAACCGCCUACCAAUACGGCCCACUUUCCUCCACACUUUACUCUGCUGCCAGCAUCACCAUCGACUACAGCUACGCUGCCGGUAUCACCUACUCCUUCACCCUGGAGCUCAGGGACACCGGCACCUACGGAUUCCUGCUUCCCGCCAUCGAGAUCGUGCCGACGGCCGAGGAGACCUGGGCGGGCCUCAUCGCCGGUAUCCUGAACGCAAGGCAGCGCGACGUUACCUCAUUGUUCAGCAUGAUUCGGUUUCUUGCGUUGUUCACCGUCGUGGCCUUGGCUUCGGCCAAGGUUUCAUACGAAGGUUUCCAGGUAUGGCGACUGGAGGUUAGUGAAGAACAGAAGCCUGCCGUCAAUUCAAUCUUGGAGGAGCACAACAUGGACGAGUGGGGAGAAGGCAAGGAUUGGAUUGACGUCCUCGUAGACCCCAAACUUCGUCAUGGAGUCAUGACGAGCCUGGCGGCUAAAGCCAUUCAUAGUUCCAUCCUGAUCCAAGACGUGCAGCGGCUGAUCGAACAAGACUUCGCAAGAGUUGCUAAGAAAAACAAGGCUCUGAAGAUUGUCUUCGAUGACUACAAUACUUGGGAGGAGAUCGAGGCGUACUUGGCCGGCCUGCCCGCAAGCGACGACCGCACGAGCCUCGUGUCGCUCGGCAAGACCGUCGAAGGCCGCGAUCUUUGGCAACUGAAAAUCUCGGUGGGCGCAGGCAAAAAGGCCGUCUGGAUCGACUGCGGCAUCCACGCAAGAGAAUGGAUCGGGCAGGCGACAUGCUUGUGGGGCAUCGACUUCCUGCUGAACAAUUAUGGGUCUGACGCGGGCGCGACUGCCCUCCUGGACGCCUACGACCUCUACUUCCUGCCCGUCAACAAUCCCGAUGGCUACGCCUACACCUGGAGUGAUGACAGGCUGUGGAGGAAGAACCGAGCUUCCUAUCCCGACAACGUGUGUGCUGGUGUCGACCUCAACAGGAACUUCGACGACCAUUUCGGUGGUGCUGGAACAUCCGGCAACUCAUGCUCCGAAACUUACAGAGGCCCAUCAGCUGCAUCUGAGCCCGAGACCCAACACGUUCAGGCUGCCAUCACAGCCCUAGCCCCUGAAGCCGCGGCGCUCUUCAGCAUCCACUCCUACAGUCAGCUGUGGAUGUAUCCUUACGGAUACACCUCGGACCUUCCACCUGAUGCUGCAGAAUUGGACCGCGUUUCUGCUAUCGGCGUUGAAGCUUUGACCGCCGUGCACGGAACCCCUUACCAAUACGGCCCAGUUUCCACCACAAUUUACCCCGCUGCCAGCACCACCAUCGACUACAGCUACGCUGCCGGUAUCAAUUACUCCUUCACCCUGGAGCUCAGGGACACCGGCACCUUCGGAUUCCUGCUUCCCGCCAUCGAGAUCGUGCCGACGGCCGAGGAGACCUGGGCGGGUCUCAUCGCCGGUAUCCUGGCCAUCCCUUGAGGUCGAGGUGUCCAGUGAACGGCAUCCUUUUGGGUAGCUGAGGAUUCUGUUUGGUCGAUAUUUGAAAAUUGAUUUUAAAAAUGCUUUUUUGGUUUUAAACUGGAGUUUUAGAUCGGUUUAAUCUUAGAAAGAAAAUAUAAGACCUUCUGUUCAAUGCACUGUUCAGAAAUCCAGAAAAAAUGUAUGUCAAUACUAUUAAUUUUUCGAAACCCGUAGCUGUCAUCAAAAGAAAUGAUCCAUUAUUAAGAAAUUCAGACUUUUAGAAAUUAGUUUCAGUGAUUCAUUAAAUGAAGUAAACUAUGAAAUAAUCAAA